AUGGCUGUUAACGAUGAAAAGAAGCCUCACAGAGUUCACAAAACUGGAAAGAAAAUCAAAAAGAAAACUGCUCAAAAUAUUUCUGGAGAAAGAGGAAAUAAUUCAAAAGCGUUCAAAUUCCGUUCUGCUCUAAAAGCUCAAAAAUUGAUUCGAAAAGCAGCAGAUUUGAGUGAAAAAAAGAAGCACAUUCCUAUUAUUGAAAGACUUGUAGACACUCCUCCACCUUUGUUUGUUGCGAUUGUUGGACCUCCAAAGGUCGGAAAAAGUUUACUGCUUCGCUGUCUUAUAAAAAAUUAUGUUAGGCAGUCAAUUACAGAAAUUAAAGGUCCAGUAACAAUCGUUACAAGCAAAAAACGUCGAGUAACAUUUUUCGAAGUUCCAAAUGAUAUAAAUGCUAUGGUGGAUGCUGCUAAAGUUGCGGAUUUGGUUUUAAUUCUAAUUGACGCCUCUUUUGGUUUUGAAAUAGAAGUAUUCGAAUUUACUAAUAUUUGUCAAGUUCAUGGAAUGCCUAAAAUUAUGGGAGUGCUUACACAUAUGGAUAAAGUUAAAAAGAAUCAAUUGAAAUCGGUCAAGAAGAAGUUGAAGCAGCGUUUUUGGACUGAACUUUAUCCGGGAGCAAAACUCUUUUAUCUUACUGGAAUGAAGCAUAACAAAUAUUUACGCCACGAAAUUAAAAAUCUUGGAAGAUUUAUUUCUGUUGCAAAACUUAGGCCAAUUUUAUGGAGAAAUUCUCAUCUUUAUUUGGCGUGUGAUAAGGUGGAAGAUUUAACUGAUCCUGAGUCAAUUAAUCAAGACCCUAAAAUUGCUCGCAAAGUUUGUUUUUAUGGAUAUGUUCGUGGAGUUCACAUAAAGAACCAUUCCGCUGUUCAUAUUGCCGGCCUUGGAGAUGUUUUAAUUAACAAUAUUUCAAUACUUCCAGACCCUUGUCCUUUACCUGAAAAUCAAAAGAAAAGAUCACUUAAUGAACGUGAACAGAUAAUUUACGCUCCCUUUUCUGGCCUUGGAGGUUUGGUAUUUGAUCAAAAUGAAUUUUAUAUUGAUGUUGGGGGUAGUCAUUCUUUUUUGAAGGGUCGGAAUGAAUUAGUAGAAGCAAUCGAUAAUGUUGCCGAACCAAUGGAUGUAAAAGUAGAGAAUGCAUCGUUACAAUUAUUGAGUGGUAAUCCUAAUUUGGAGGUUGACAUAAAAAGUGAGGUAGACAGUGAAGAAGAUAAUGAAAAUGAAGAGGAAGAUGAAGUUGAUGAUGAAGAUGGAGAGGAGGAGGAAGAGGAGGAUGAAGAAUACGAACGUUUUGAAGACUCAGAAAAUGAAGAAGAAAAUAAUUUAACUAAUUUGGCAUCAACCUCAACAGAAAUGAAUACAUUUAGUGGCAUUGCAGAGCGUUUAUCUGGAAAUUUUCAAGUUAAACCUUCACAUAGAAUAAAUUGGGAAAAGCUUGUUUAUGAAUCUAAUGAAGAUGGUCUUAAAAAUGAGAAAAAUGUUGCUUCAACGUCCAAAAAAGACAGAACUUUUGGUGGUGGUCUUUUUAAAAUUCCUGAAAAUGUUUUUAAUUCAAGAAAUAAAAUUUAUUUGAAAGACAAAGAUGAUGGGAAAUUGUGGUCAUUUGAAAUGUUUAAUAAUAAAAGUGAAAAUUGUUUGGAUUGGAAUGAUAAUUGUGUCAGAGAUUCAAUUCGUGAUUGUUGGGUAACUGGAGAGUGGGAAAACGAAGAUGACAAUGAAGAAAUAAGUGACGAUGAAGAAAUGAAUAAAAUUUCGAAAGAUGGAUUAGAAAAAUUUAAAAUUGAGAAAAAAGAAGUAUCUUCCCAAAACUCGGAUGAUGAGGAAAUGAAUUAUGAUUCAGAUGAAAUGAUGGAUUUUGACAUGACUGAAAAUAUGGAAGAAAAAGUGACAAAAGAAAAAGAUGAUAACAAUGUGAAUCUAGACGAGAAUGAAGGUUUUUUAAAGAAUUUUUAUUUUUUGUAAGGAGCGGAAGGGAGUAGCUGGCUAGCAUUUACAUAAAACGCGUACUAGGCGAGUCAAAAUCUAUCAAAAGAGAAAGUGGAAGCAUGGUCUUGUGAUGUCCAAGACCGAAAACCUCAAGUGAGGUCUUGGGUCGAUACUUAAAGCAAUGAGUCUUGGACAGCUCUAGCAUCGUUCUG